AUGGUGUACCCCAACAGUACCACCGUGGGUGGUUCCCAGCCUUUAGUGUAUACCAACGAUACCAUCUACAAGCGGCUUAGCUGUUCCGAGUAUGAGGAAGCUACUAGAGAAGAGAUAAACAACGCCAUCACUGUUGACGGUCGAUAUAAACUGAUGUACACCAUAAAUGGCCAGUUUCCGGGGCCCUCUAUAGUUGUCUACGAAGGGCAGCAGGUUGUCGUCCAUAUAAAAAAUGACCUUGCAAUGGAAGGUGUGACAAUCCACUGGCAUGGUAUUUAUCAGAGGGGCACUCCGUGGAUGGACGGAGUGGACAUGAUUACCCAGUGUCCUAUAAGUCCCGGACAAUCAUUUACAUAUAGGUUUAUUGCGGAACCAAUAGGGACACAUUGGUAUCAUUCCCAUCUGGGUGUCCAGAGGACGGAUGGUCUAGCCGGAGCUUUAAUUGUCUUACCCCGGUCAAGCGAUGAAAAUAAGGAAGACCUUGAACCAAUAGAAAAGGAGUUUGUGGUAUUGACACAGGACUGGUUUACCUUCACUUCACUAGAGCUGCUGAAAAUGUUUGUCUGGGACAUUCGAAGAUAUUCGUAUGGUCUGGAUGAUCCUCGCUGUUUUAUUUCAUCUGAAAUAAGAAAGCCAGACAAUGGAUUCACUGGUUUUAUGCUAUUUGAAAGUGGUCUCAUUAACGGCAGAGGUCACAAUUACCCAGAUUUUGGUGACAAGCCGAAGUUACCUAAACUGCCUUACGAGACCUUCGUCGUUCAGAGUAACAAGACAUAUCGGUUCCGUGUAAUUAACAGCGCAAACGCAUUUACGCUAAUUCUAUCUUUCGACCAGCAUCAGUUAGAGAUUAUCUCUACAGACGGUCACGGGGUCAAAGGUGUUAAAACAGACUUCAUUGUAACCACACCUGGAGAGAGGGUAGACUUCUUGCUGCGCACGACAGAAACCCCUGGCAACUACUGGUUCCGGGUCGAGGGAAAUGGAGCUGGUCAGGUUAAAGGUAUUCUGCAGUACGACACUGUACCAGCUGGUACCCCCAAUUCCAUUCGAAAGACGUGUUUUGGUGAAGAUGGAUGUACAGCCAUCAACUGUAUGAUUCAAGUGUUCCCUCCCGAAUACAACCUCACGUGCAUUCCACUGCACACACUAAGUCUGGAUACAAAUCAGGAUAAGCGACAAGUGCCGAAAUUCACAGAUGAUGGCAAGUCUAUUGAAAUCAUGCUCAGCAGCCGGUACAAAACACUGACGUCGAUUGCUGUUAUGAAUGGAAAAAGCUUCGUCAAACCAACUUCCCCAUUACAGACUUAUCCAGAUAUUGACAGUGCCACUGAGUCGUGUAACAAGACUGAUCUUAAGUGUAAAGGAGAGGUGUGCUUCUGUACUCAUAUCAUUAAAGUCGAGCUCGGGGCCACCGUACAGUUCAUUUUGGUAGCCCCAGGGCCCUUUCUGGCUGUUCCAUUUCUUGGACUACAGCACCCGACCCAUAUACAUGGUCACGAUUUCCACGUGCUGAAGGUAGCAUACUCCAACUACAACAUCUCAACAGGCGAGUCCAUUGGAUUGAAUGAGGAUAUUGAAUGCGAGACAAAAGUCUGGUGUGACAAACCAAAAUGGAAAAACCCCUCCUGGGGUGGGGACAACAUUCCUGGCCUCAACCUGGUGGAUCCGCCUAUCAAGGACACUGUACUUUUACCGAGAAAGGGUUACACUGUCAUCAGGAUGAAAGCAGAUAAUCCAGGUUUCUGGUUCAUGCAUUGUCACAUAGAGAUACACCAGAUCACAGGGAUGGCCCUCGUACUGCAGGUUGGGGACGUGGACCAAAUGCCACCAACGCCCAUAAACUUCCCCACGUGUGGCAACUUCAACUUCCCCCGAGAGGAAUUUGAGGAUAUCAUAAAAAACUCGAAAGCCUCCUUCGCUACUAAACCGAAAGGACAAUUAAGCUCAUCUGACAGUGUUCAACGGAUCUCUCUCAGAAGUUCAGAUGCACACAGAGGGGACUCAAAAACUGUGUACGUCAUCGUUAUAUGCGCACUUCUAGUUACAUGUAUCUCAACUGGACUUUGCCUAAUGUUGCAGAUUUUCGAAAAGAAACGUUUAGCUCAAAAAUAUAGCAAAGAUAAAGGUAUGAAGUACGGCAAACUUAUUAAAGGCGGUGAUUCAGAUACGGACAAGACCACCCUCAUAGAUGCUGACCAAGAUACUGACAGUCAACAGCCGCCGACCUACAUGACUUUUCCGAUGCUUUGA